ACCUGCAAAAACGCGGUGUAAUCGCCAAUCAGGCUAAUCUAGAAAAUUUUUACCAGUUAGAACCACAGCAAAAAGUUAUUUAUUUGGGAAUAGAUUGCACCAGCGAAAAAUUACAUAUCGGACAUUUAUUUCAACUUAUUCAAACUAUCCGUUUUGCCAAAGCGGGUUUUACAGUAUUGUUAGUGCUUGGUGGAGCAACCAGUAAAAUCGGCGACCCGAGCGACAAAAACGAGGAACGACCUUUAUUGGCUACCACUGAUAUUGAAAAUUAUUUGAAAAAAAUUAAAUCUCAACUAGAAAGAGUAUUAAUUAAAACCCGAAAAAUAGCGGAAGUGGAUUUCGGUCCUUUGGAGCAAUUUUACUCAGAGGAUACUGAAUUACUAAAAAAUAUUUACCAAAUACUAAAAAUAAAUAAAGCGGAGAAAAAAGAAAAGCAGUGGGAAAGUUAUUUAAGAUAUAUUUGA